CCCAGCAACCCUAGCGGCUCCUCUCACUGAGGAGGUAAACAUGGCUGCCCUAGGUCCUCUAUCUAGGCUCGCUGGGCUUGGAUGCAUCAAUAGAAGCCGAUUAAUGCUUAAUAGAGUUUUACAGAAACGAGGAAUUGCUUCAUGUAUCGACCCGUCUCAUGGACUCACAGAUGAACAGAAAGAGUUUCAAAAAGUGGCCUUUGACUUUGCAGCCAAUGAAAUGGCUCCAAACAUGGCGGAGUGGGACCAAAAGGAAAUCUUCCCCGUAGAGACGAUGAGGAAAGCAGCGCAACUGGGGUUUGGUGGGAUCUAUGUCCGGCCCGACGUUGGGGGAUCGGGCCUUUCUCGGCUGGACACCUCGAUCAUCUUCGAGGCUCUGUCCACAGGAUGCGUGAGCACCACGGCUUAUAUUAGCAUCCACAACAUGUGUGCCUGGAUGAUUGACACUUUUGGCAACACAAAUCAGAGGGAGAAGUACUGUCCUGAUCUCUGUUCGAUGGAAAGGUUUGCAUCUUACUGUCUCACUGAACCAGGCAGCGGCAGUGAUGCUGCUUCACUCCUGACUUCUGCGCAGCAGAAAGGCGACCAUUACGUCCUAAACGGCUCUAAGGCUUUUAUCAGUGGAGGAGGAGACACGGAUGUCUACGUGGUGAUGUGCAGAACUGGAGGUAAAGGAUCCAAAGGCAUCUCGUGUUUGGUGGUGGAGAAGGGAACACCAGGUCUCAGUUUUGGCAAAAAAGAAAAGAAGGUGGGUUGGAACUCUCAGCCCACCAGGGCGGUGAUAUUCGAGGACUGCGCGGUUCCGGUCACCAACCGGCUCGGGGAGGAAGGACAGGGCUUCAGCAUCGCCAUGAAAGGCCUGAAUGGAGGCAGGAUUAAUAUCGCUUCCUGUUCGUUGGGGGCAGCCCACGCCUCCGUGCUGCUCGCCAGGGAUCACCUGCUGGUUCGCAAACAGUUCGGAGAGACGCUCGCCAACAGCCAGUUCCUUCAGUUCAAACUGGCAGAAAUGGCCACCAAGUUGGUGGCGGCGCGUCUCCUGGUGCGUGAAGCUGCGACAGCAUUGCAGGAGAACCGUCCGGACGCCGUGUCCAUCUGCUCCAUGGCCAAACUCUUCGUCACGGACGAGUGCUUCAAUGUCUGCAACCAGGCUCUCCAGAUGCAUGGCGGGUACGGUUACCUAAAAGACUACGCCGUGCAGCAGUUUGUGCGGGACAUCAGAGUCCAUCAGAUCUUAGAGGGAACCAAUGAGGUGAUGAGGAUGAUUAUUUCCAGAAACCUGCUGACAGAAUUGUGAUUCCCUCCCGGAUCUUUGUGUGUGAACUGUUACCGUGUGCCUGGUUCUGACCGCCCGCUGCUAGAAAUGUGACAGAAGUUAUGGGAUGGACCGGGUCAUUAAUAAGUAGGAUUUUAGAUCGUCAUGUUGGAUCAGCGGGUUCAUUUUUAACCUACAGGGACUCAUGGGGUGGCAGAUCCAACCUUUUACCUUGGAACAUGCAAUAUGUCAGUGGAAACUGCACAAAAAAAACCUCUAGGAGCAUACCCGCUUUGAUCCCAUGACUCAGCAUUUCUAAAUGACAGUUUUCUGUAGAAAUCUGGGCCAAAACUUCCUACCAAAGGGUAAAAUACUUUUGAAUAUCACAUUGUGAUGAAUGUUUUCAGCGAUUUUGAACGUUUCACGGCUUACAGAUAGAUUCUGCUCAUACGUGACUUGUUCAGAACUCGCUGUAGGUCAUAAAACAUAAAAAAAUAAUCAGAAAUCACAUUUAACUCAAAAAUAUUCUAUCUGCAUUGUAAACUGGCAGCAUUUCAGCUUGUAUUUCAACCAUAACUAGCCUGUGCUGCUGUUGUUUUGUGAGUCUGAACCUGAACAUUUUGGGAACCGUUGAAUCAAAAACCCGAUUCUUGUGAGCAGCUCCCCCUAGUGGUCAUUUGCAGAAAUCAAAAAAGCCAAAUUUCAGCUGCAUUUGAAGAUGAACUGUUUUUAUUUAUUUUACACAAGCACACCAUCAUUACCACUCACACCUGUAACCGAAGUAGAUAAAGCACUUUUUACCCCAACACUAAACAUUAAACGAAUAAAGAUGGCCGCCUGACAUCAGCGGACACCCAGAA